AUGUUGUACUGGGUUACCAUUCUAAUACAGCAUGGACAUAAACACAUACUUCAAAUUGAAGGAAAAGCAAGGAAGGUAGAGGAGUCAGUGGCGGAUAAUCUUUGUCAUCUUCUUCUCAGGGACAGUCCAGUGUAAUUUGGAGGAGAGGAAUCUAGUGCAAUCGCGGCAUCAUGUUCACAAGGUUCGCUAGGUCCACCCUACGGUCUGCAGGCAAAUGUGGACUCAUCAGCGCCGUUCGGCAAAAUAUGCGCACCGUCGUACAACUCGCUGGACGUCCAUGGCUACCUGGCUCAGAUAGUCCGACCUUCCCGAAAGAAAUGACUCUAUUUAAUGCAAGCUUUCCGCACCCCGUAAAGGUGGACGUUGCAAGGGAAGACUUAGCUUCCUUUGCCAAAGAUUUCCGGCCAACAUUGGAUGAAGAACUACGCCAACAUGGCGCAGUCGUCAUCCAGGGUCUUCCUCUCGAGGCGGCUAAGGAUUUCUCCGAGUUUUACGACGCGAUGGAGUAUCAUCCCAUUCCGUACACUGGUGGUACUGGCGGGAGAGAGAAACUACUAAAGAAUGUCUUCACCACCAGCAGCGACCCUGAGGAAUACACCCUCGAACAGCAUAAUGAAAUGUCCUAUCUACCAUUCUGGCCACACCUGUUAUUCAUCUACUGUGAGGUUGAAACUGAGAAGGGAUGCGGAGGCGAGAACGGCUUAACGGACGUCAGGGUACUCUACGACAGCAUUGACCCAGACAUCACGGAGAAAUUCAAUCGUCUUGGGGUUCGUUACUGGCGAUAUCUACCGCUGCCGUCCCAUCCGAAAUAUAAGGCGUACACUGCUUGGCAUAAGACUCUUGAAACCGACGACAUGGCCGAGCUAGAGACGAGGGUUAGCGAUGCUGGGUGUUCCUUUAAGCGUGACGAGGAGGGAGGGCUGUGUUUCUGGAUGAACCGCCCAGCCAUGUCACCACAUUUCAGAACGGGUGAAAUGUUAUGGUUCGGUCAGAUCUGCAGUUACAACUACACAUUCCUAAAAGAUUGCUAUCCUGGUCACAGCGAACAUUUCGUCGACGUUCCCGAGGAAAAGUAUCCUUUCACAACAAUGUACGGCGACGGAACACUGAUUGAACCAGAAGUAAUUCGUCACAUCCGAGAGAAAACAUGGGAGUGCACGAAGGGUGGUCAAUUGAAGCAAAUGGAAGUUCUAGUCUUUGAUAACAUGCUGUUUUCUCACUGUAGACUUUCAUUUACCGGUCAAAGGGUUAAUCGUGUCGCACAGGCAUGUUACAGGGAAUACCUCCAUAUAUAAGGGGACAUAUGGUAGAACAAGACUUCUUUACUAAAUGUUCGAAAGACCCUGUCCAUCUUGGUGUGUUAAUCUGUGUCCUGGCCAGUCAUAAAGUCAUCAGUUUCAGACUCCCGGGCGUCUUCGUUACACCAGUAAUCCAGUCUUGAGAAUUGAGCCAGCCACAGUCAUUUUAGCAACUGUCGCUUCAGAAACAAUAUUCGACGAUUAAAUUGUAGUCUGAUGUCCCCAUAAUCAAGCACUAUAGGACUGCUAGUGCUCUUUCAUUAUGAUCAUUGUACAACUUUUGAUAAUCACUCGAAAAUAAAUGUAAAUUGUCAGUGA